UCUUGAUCUCUGUCACACUAAUGGACUCGAAGGCAGAGCUGCGUCCUCGUCUGUGCUUGAUGAAGAAGGGUGUGACGGGCUAUGGCUUCAACUUGCACAGUGAGAAGUCUAAACCGGGCCAGUACAUUAGAGCUGUGGACGAGGAAUCUCCUGCUGACAAGGCUGGCCUCAAACCGCAGGACAAGAUCGUACAGGUUAACAGUAUGUCGGUAGUAGGGAUGCAGCACAGUGAGGUCGUAGCAGCCAUCAAGGCCGGGGGAGAUGAGACCAGUCUACUGGUGGUGGAUCGUGAAGCAGAAGCCUUCUUCAACAGCUGCAACGUCAUUCCUACUGAGGCCCACCUCACAGGACCUCUUCCUGAACCUGUGUCCAAUGGAGGAGCAGAAGAAGAGGAGCUGGAUGGUAAGGUAGCAGCAAAGCCUAAGGUGUCUGUCAGUGCAUCGACAUCCAGCACCACCUCCACUGCCUCUCUACCAACAUCUGCUGCCAGCACCCCUCCACCAGAGGUCCGGGUGCCUCCGGUUAAGGAGCCGAAUGUGAGCCUCAGCAUGUCUCUAGCCCAGGCCAAGGAGAGAGCCACCCAGAAACGCUCAUCCAAGAAGGCCCCUGCCAUGGACUGGAGCAAGAGGAACGAACUCUUCAGUAACCUAUAAAUCACCUUUCCUUUCUCUCGCCCUCACUCCUUCUUUUGCUCUCUCUCUCAAGCAGACACACAAUGUACGACAUGAACGGUGUUAAUGUUUUGUGAUUUUCAUGUGCUAAUUGAGGGGGUUUCCACUUUAUUUUUUUUCAAUAAAAAAUAAAUAAUUGAAAUGCCACUCCUGCAUAAGAAACAUUGUAUAGUUUCCAUCUAGUAGGAUGAAGGAAUCAAAGAUGAUGAAAUAUAUGGAAAUAAGAAAUGAAUGUGUGUGUGUGUCAUGAAGGUGUGUUGAAUCUUAUUGUCAGUCUAUCUGCAAUCUGAUUGGUUGCUAUACUUCCUUGUAGAAUCACGAGCUAGCUAAUAGCAAGCUGGGAGUGAUUGAGUUUUUCUGGAUGAGUUGGGAUGAAUCAACUUCUUUCCAGAGACUUUCAUGUUUAGUAUUUCUGCCUGAUCGCUGGAUUCAAUCCGUAUGGUGGAAGAUCCGAGUUAUUUCUCAAUCUAAAGUUAGUGAAUUUUCCUGCGUUUGCGGAGACUGUAUUCACAGUAAACACUGUAUAUGUCGACACAAUCGGAAAUGACCUUUACAUUUGAACCUGGAUCUUCUGCGAUAUGGAUGAAACCCAGCCCUUAAUGAAUGACUAACCGUCUGAAUUCUUUAGCAAUACGAGACCAUCGUCUGACCAUCGCUUAAUGAGAGGUCUGGUUAGCAGAUAUCACUGAAAUGUAUCAAUCUAAUGCUGACCACAGGUGUACUACCCGAUCUCUUUGAAGAUGUUGACAUGUCAAUUCUUAGACUGUAGAACUCAUUCAGAAUACAUGAUUCUCUGUUCUAUAUGUGACAAUCAUUGUUGGGUCACAUUUUGGUUAAAGGGACUGAGGUAUGUGGUUCUAGAUGUUAACCCAAAGUAAGCUGUUGUUUAACUGUAAAGUUAACCUGUCCAAACUGGUGUUCAAUCACCACUAUUGUAAAAUCCUACGGUAUUUUUAUCGUUGUGAUUAAACGUUUUGUCCUGCAUAUGUCUCAUCGUUUUAAAGAAUGACGAGAUUGUGUCUUCUAGAUUUGUACAUAACUCAAAAUACAAUUUCCGUCUUAAAGAAAUCCUCAAUUUGUUUGAAGACUGUUCCAGAAUCUCUCUGGGUUGAUGGGAGUGUUAGCCUACUGUAUAUGUGGCAUCUCUGGUCCAGGGCGUUAGUGUAUCAGCCCCAGCUCUGGUCCUGGAGCGCUACUGGCUGUGUACGGUACAAGGGCUGAGUUGUCAAAUGUCUUGAGGAUGAUGGUAUAAAUGUGGUAUCAAACA